GGAAGUUAAGCCACCUGCCGAAGGCUGAUGAUCGUGAGCUGCUGCCUUGUUUUUAAAGGACGCCCUGAAUUGAGUGGAUUUAUUAAUCUCCCAAGUGAAGGAAAAAAAAUACAUUUGGGGAAAAAAUUAUCAAACAUCUACCUCAGUUUAUAUUCAGUUUGAAAGCUGAUGCUUAUUUUUUUCUCGUAAUUAGUUGUCGGGUUUGACGUUCUUUGGCUUAUUUUUAUUUCUCGUAAUCUAGGGCAAAAUAAUGUUGUUGCAUCAAUUUGUGAACGGGUCCCUGGGAGCGACGCACCCGACGAUUCAGAAGGACACUACUUUUACAAAGAUCUUCGUCGGGGGUCUGCCUUACCACACCAACGAUGCUUCACUGCGAAAAUAUUUUGAGGCUUUCGGGGACAUUGAAGAGGCGGUCGUGAUAACAGACAGACAGACCGGUAAAUCCCGAGGAUACGGAUUUGUGACCAUGGCGGAACGAGGGGCUGCUGAGAGGGCCUGUAAGGAUCCCAACCCCAUCAUCGACGGCCGCAAGGCCAACGUCAACUUGGCGUACCUGGGAGCUAAGCCCCGCAGCCUGCAGACAGGUUUCUCAGUUGGAAUGCAGCAGAUCAGCCCCGCACUGAUCCAGAGGCAUUAUGGGCUGGCCCAGCAGUACAUAUAUCCCCAGGCCUUUGUUCAGCCCAGCCUGGUGGUACCUGCCCAAGCCGCCGCCUCUUCCUCCGUUAGCUCCACCUACACCGAUUACAGCUCCGCCUACGCCCAGUAUGCAGCUGCCUCUGCUGCCUUUGAGCAGUACCCCUACGCUGCUUCGCCUGGGUUUCUGGGCUACAGUUAUGCUCCCAGUCCUGCAACUCCAGCACCCAUUCAUCAGUCCCUCCCGGCAGCUGCCUUCCUGCAGUACCCCCCCCAGCCGGUGCAGCCUGACCGCAUGCAAUAAGGACCCGCGCACGCUAGGCACGAGCUGGACUGUUGCACUGAUUGGGCAGGGUGAAACCCUCCUGGCUGCGACGUCUGGAAAGUUGUCAAGUUCUGCCAGAAGCACAGUCCAAUGUUCGUUAUUUUCGGUAUUAUUUCUUUGUUCUGAAUAUUUAGUUUCAAUCAUGGGACGCCUCACAGCGUCUGAGCUCGAUCUGCCUGGCUAAGCGGAUAGAGCCGGUGGGAGGGUCCCCGGGAGGGUCGGCAGGCAACAGGACCGAGAGGCUUGGCUUCUUGGACAUUUUUGGGAUGGGGGUUUGGGGUGUGGAAAAGGGCGAGCCGACAGGACAGCGGCUCAACAGAAUGUCCGUGUACAACCCCAUGGGGCCGGCACCACCCAUCCAGCUGGGUCCUGCAGAAAGACACUUAUCCAAUUCGAGGCCUUAAAGACUACACUUUCUUAUAUGCACUCUUCACAUACUCUCUCCCACCCUCACCCCAAAUGUGAACAUCAUCCUCCACCUUUUGCUAUAAAAGACUCUUUGAUACAGUGCAACCUACAUUACUCUAGAUGGAUGUAGAUAAUCAUAGCUGAUUUCAGUAUGCAAUGUUGUUUUUUUAAGCAGAAAUAUGUGGCAAGCACAUUGAGUAAAAUCCACAAGGUAGCUGACACUGUACUUCAUGUGUAUUUUGUACAACUGAAUCGAAUUUCAUUCGUAAGAUGUUGCUUUAUAAAAGGAUGUGUGUGCGACAGUUUUAAAUGUUGCUGCAAUUCUAAGGUAAAUUUUACAGUAUUUAUGUCAAGAUAUUUAAAUGAACACUUAAGUUAAACUUUCUAGGAGUGUUUUUGUGUCUCGUUACCUUGUUUUUAAUUUGUCCCUGUGGGUCGUUCGGCACCUUCUCUCUAGCCGGAUUAUUGGCAGUGUGCUGGCGCUCUCCUUAAUGGGGCCAUUUCCAUACUCCUUUUACUUAUGGAAAAAGCCAUACCAAAAACAAUGGACAAAAAUUAAAAAAUUGCGGAAAA